GCGCGUUACGUGCAUGUCCAGUGGGGGAAGGUUUAACUUUGACGAUGGAGGCUCCUACUGCGGAGGCUGGGAGGACGGCAAGGCGCACGGCCACGGCGUCUGCACCGGCCCCAGCGGCCAGGGCGAGUACACCGGCUCGUGGAGCCGCGGCUUCGAGGCGCUGGGCGUCUACACCUGGCCCAGCGGCAACACGUACCAGGGCACCUGGGCGCAGGGCAAGCGCCACGGCGUCGGCCUGGAGAGCAAGGGGAAGUGGCUGUACAAGGGCGAGUGGACGCACGGGUUCAAGGGGCGCUACGGGGUGCGGGAGUGCGCGGGCAGCGGGGCCAAGUACGAGGGCACCUGGAGCAACGGCCUGCAGGACGGCUACGGCACCGAGACCUACUCGGAUGGAGGGACAUACCAGGGCCAGUGGGCCGGUGGCAUGCGGCAGGGCUAUGGGGUGCGUCAGAGCGUCCCCUAUGGCAUGGCGGCGGUCAUCCGCUCGCCCCUGAGGACGUCCAUCAACUCCCUGCGCAGUGAGCACACCAACGGCGCGGCGCUGCACCCCGACGCCUCCCCCGCCGUGGCCGGCAGCCCCGCCGUGUCGCGGGGCGGCUUCGUGCUGGUGGCGCACAGCGACUCGGAGAUCCUGAAGAGCAAGAAGAAGGGGCUGUUCCGGCGCUCACUGCUGAGCGGGCUGAAGCUGCGCAAGUCGGAGUCCAAGAGCAGCCUGGCCAGCCAGCGCAGCAAGCAGAGCUCCUUCCGCAGCGAGGCCGGCAUGAGCACCGUCAGCUCCACCGCCAGCGACAUCCACUCCACCAUCAGCCUGGGCGAGGCGGAGGCGGAGCUGGCCGUCAUCGAGGAUGACAUCGAUGCCACCACCACCGAGACCUACGUGGGCGAGUGGAAGAACGACAAGCGGGCGGGCUUCGGCGUGAGCCAGCGCUCCGACGGGCUCAAGUACGAGGGCGAGUGGGCCAGCAACCGGCGGCACGGCUACGGCUGCAUGACCUUCCCCGACGGCACCAAGGAGGAGGGCAAGUACAAGCAGAACGUGCUGGUGAGCGGCAAGCGCAAGAACCUCAUCCCGCUGCGGGCCAGCAAGAUCCGGGAGAAGGUGGACCGGGCCGUGGAGGCCGCCGGCCGGGCUGCCACCAUUGCCAGGCAGAAGGCCGAGAUCGCCGCUUCCAGGACCUCCCACUCGAGGGCCAAGGCAGAGGCGGCUCUUGCAGCGGCCCGGAAGGCGCAGGAGGAAGCCCGGAUUGCCAGGGUCACUGCCAAGGAGUUCUCGCCAUCCUUCCAGCACAGAGAGAAUGGGCUGGAGUACCAGAGGCGGAAGCACCAGGUCUCCUGCGAGGACCUCGAGGGACUGUCCACGGGGACACCCCUGCCGCAGGAGAGCCCCGAGCUGUACCGCAAGGGCACCACCCCCUCCGACCUCACCCCCGACGACAGCCCCCUGCACAGCCCCCCCGCCAGCCCCGCCGCCACCCCUCCGCCCGCGCCCGCCGCCAGGAACAAGGCUCACUUCUCCCGGCAGGUCUCGGUGGACGAGGAGCGGGGCGGCGACAUCCAGAUGCUGCUGGAGGGCCGGGCCGGGGAGCCCGCCCGCAACAGCUGGGGCGACUCCCGGGGCGCGCGCGGCGGCGCCCUGCGCGGCGGCCCGCCCGCAGAGGACUUCCGCGCCCGCGGCGUGGGCCACAAGCAGCCUGGCAACCCCCGGCCCCGGGAGCGGCGGCCCGAGCCGCCCCCCACGCUCUCGUGGACUUCCCCCUGCCCGGGGGGCGCCAAGCGGCCCGAGCCCGACGAGGAGCAGCUGAGCAACUACAAGCUGGAGAUGAAGCCCCUGCUGCGGAUGGACGCCUGUCCACAGGAGGCGCACCCCCAGAGGCGGCGUCACAGCCGGGGGGCUGGGGGCGACCGGCGGCCGGAGGACCGGGCCUUCGGGCUGCAGAGACUGAGGCCCAAGUCCCAGAAUAAGGAGAACUUGCGGCCGGCCUCCACGGAGCCCACGGUGCAGAAGCUGGAGAGCCUGCGGCUGGGGGAGCGGCCCGAGCCCCGGCUCCUGCGCUGGGACCUGACCUUCUCCCCGCCCCAGAAAUCCCUGCCUGUCGCGCUCGAGUCUGACGAGGAGAACGGGGAUGAGCUCAAGUCCAGCACGGGCUCAGCUCCCAUUCUCGUCGUCAUGGUGAUCCUGCUCAACAUCGGAGUCGCCAUUUUGUUUAUUAACUUUUUCAUCUGAUGAGUGUCUCCAUGGUAACAGUGUAUAAAUGGGGACUUGGAAAGCAAAACAACAAAAGGGGAAGAAGCGUGCUCAGAAGCCCCACCACUUCCAAGUCUUUCCACAGAAGAACACGAUUGGGUAUUACUCACAGUUUGCCUUUUUUUCUGGGUAAUGUUUUUUGGAUUUUAGCCAAAAUCCUUUGCUUGUCUAGC